AAGUUGCUCGGUGGAUCUUACACAAUGCCAUUCUCGGUCCUCUAUGAAGGGAAAAACCCGAUUGCUCUGUACCCACAACACUCAGGCAAUAUCUUCUGCUGAUAUGAUUGUUGUAUUGGACAAAGGACACUUAAAGUGGAUGGGAAGUUCAGCUGACUUUCCAACUUCUUCAUAUACAGCAUUCUCCCCAUUGAAUGAAAUGGAUUCAACUUCACAUAAUCAGAAAUCUUGCAGCACAAAUUCUUCUAUAUCCAAGGAGCAGUCUCUUACUGAUAGAAUUAUCAUGACAUGGAUUCUCUAG